AUGCUGAACCUGUCGACGGGCGGUGUGAUCACCAAGGCGGGCACGUCGCCGCUGCGGAGCCCCGGGAAGCGCCCGCAACAUGCGCAGCACCUAGAGCUACUCGAGGAGAAGGUCAGGGACUACAAGGCGGAAAAUGCGCUGCUCGGGCGCAUCCUGCAGGACUUCCGCAAGGAGAAGGAGGAGAUGGAGGCGGAGAUUCACGGACUGAAGAGGGACCGUGGCGAGCUGCGGCAAAGCGCGGAGCGCAUGCAGCAGGAAGCGUCGGUCGCGCAGCAGGAGAUACGCUCGACGUCCUCACGGGUUCACGAGCUCGAACAGAAGCUCAGGCAUGCCGAACGACAGCUCCACGACCUCAUGGAGCGGAACAAGGCCCUGGAGCGCACGAACAUCGAGAACAGCGUCCGCCUCGGCGACGCCCAGAAGAUCGCGGAGACCGCGCACGCCGUCAAGUCGGACGCGGAGGCAGUGAGGGCUGAUGCCGAGACGCGCCUGCGCACGGUGCACUCCCUGGAGGCGCGCGCCGCGCAGGCCGAGGCGCGCGUGAACGAGCUGGAGGCUCUGCGCGAGACGUGGAAGCAGGAGUGGACGCGGGCGAAGGCCGCGCACUCCCGCCACAGCCACGACCUGGCACUGGAGGUGGAGGAGCUGCAUGUGCAGCUGCGCGAACAGGCCGCGGCCCUGCAGACGCAGAUGCGCCGCGCCACCGACGCGGAGGAGCGCGGCGCGAGGGCGAUAGCGGAGCGCGACGAGGCGCUGGCGCGGAUGCGGGCUGCGGAGCGCGAGGCGGCGUCGGGGAGGGGCGUCGCGGGGGGGGGCGGGGUCUCCGGGGCGCAGCGAAGCGCGGUCGAGCGGCUGCGAGGGCAGCUCGUCGCAGCUGCGGAGCGCGCGGACGGCCUGCUCGCGGCGAACGCCCAACUGAGCGAGGGGCACGCCAAGCUGGUGGCGCAGCUGCGGUCCGCGGAGGAGGCUCUCGCGGCGGCGCGCGAGGAAGUGCAGUCGCUGCGCGCGCAGAACACCGACCUGCGCGACCGGUCGUGGGAGGAUGCUCUGCGGGCGGCGGGCGGAGCUGCGGCCGCUGCGGCCGCUGCGAUGGCGGGCGGCAGCGGCCCGCAGGAGGCGUAUGUGCGCACGUUGGAGCAGCGCGUGCGCGACGCGCGGGAGGCGGCGGGGCUGUCGCGCGAGCAGCUCGCGGAGUCCGAGUACCUGGAGUCGCAGGCGCGGCGGCUGCUCGCGGAGGCGCGGGAGCGCGAAGCUGCGGCACACCGCGCGCUGCAGGUGGAGCUGCAGCGCGUGCACCAGCUCGAGAGGAUGCGCCUCGCGGACAUGCAGGAGCUGCACGACGCGGAGGCGCGGGCGCAGGUGCUGCAGAACGAGGCCUGGGGCCUGCGGGACGCGCUGGCGCGGGCGGAAGCUGCGGGGGCUGGCGCGGUAGGGCGCGCGGCCGCACUGGCCGGGACGGGCGCGUCGCUGGAAAUGUCGCUGGCGAGCGCGCCGCAGGGGCUGGACUGA